AUGACGACAGUUGGAUGGUCAUCAUCAUCAUGGAAACAAGCACUGUCGUUGCUGGUCCUUCUCUUGGUAACGAGAGAGUCCAGUGCUGUGAGGGGUGGUAGAAAUUUGCUGACACAACACCGGAGGAAUGCCUUUUCUCCUCGAAUUGUCGGUGGCAACACAGCCAGAUCUGGGAGGUACCCGUAUGCGCAAAUAUCGCUGGCCACAGAGUCGGGGCUGCAUCAAUGUGGGGGGUCCUUGAUUGCGCCCGAUAUCAUAUUAACGGCUGGACAUUGUCACGGCUUUUUCACCCACAUUCGUGUCAACAUUUACAAUCUCAAACAAGAGCUACAAUCCUUUGAGGUCUUCAAAGCAGAGAGGAUGCACUUUCAUCCCAACUUUGAUGAACUCUGGUUUCGAUACGACUUUCUCUUGCUACAGCUCAAUGGAACCGUCCAAGGCAUGCAACCCGUCCAAAUCAACUCGGAUGUCAAUCUACCCGUGCCCAACGAUCCACUCACGGUGGUGGGCUGGGGGUUGACCGAUCCUGAGGAUAGUGCGGCCUAUCCGGACGAACUCCGAGAAGUCACGGUCAAUUACAUGUCCAAUGAGGUCUGCGAACAAACCACUUCGAAAGGGCAACGAUUGUACCAGGGAUAUAUUUUCAACGAUAUGCUCUGUGCUUAUGAUAGUGGACAGGAUGCCUGUAGUGGAGACAGUGGCGCUCCCUUGAUUCGACCGGGGUCCACGUCCGAGCAAGAUGUCGUGGUGGCGGUGGUGUCGUGGGGGAAUGGCUGCGCCACGGAAUAUCCUGGAGUGUAUGCCAGAGUAAGCUAUCAAUACCCGUGGAUAAGAGAGCUAGUUUGCGCCAUUUCGAGUGACCCGCCAUCAUCCUUUGAAUGCUUGAGCAGUACCAACAAUAAUAACAAUCCACAGAGCAAUGGCAACGGCAAUGGCAACAAUGAUGUUAACAACUAUGUCAAUGUGGUCAAUUCUCCAAUGCCAGCGCCAGCACCCGCACCGACUCCAGUGUUGGUUGGUGGUGGAGCGAUGCCCGUUACGGCGGCACCGACAGCAUUACACAUCCCGGAAGAUCACAUACCCAUCAAGGUGGAGAUACAGUUGGAUCUGCGAAGCAAGGACACGGGGUGGUCGCUCGUGUCGUCGGACGAUGGCACCAUCGUGGCCGAAGUGGAACCCGGAACGUAUCCCCAACCAUACCAAUUGAUAUCGCAAGUCGUGCCAUUGCGCAAGUCCACCCAAUUUGUCUUUAUUGUGACGGAUUCUCAAGGAGAUGGCAUUUGCUGCGAAUUUGGAGGAGGGUGGUUCCAGGUAUCCGUGGUACUGUCGGACGGUGGGACGGAUCCACUGGUCAAGGGGUAUGGUACUUUUUCGCUUUCGACCACCAAUGUCUUCAAGACACCUGCGGAUAAUUUGCCGCUCCCCAUGCUGGAAUUGUUAGAAGAGCCUUCGCACGAACAAGUAGCUUCGGUACCGCUGACGACCGCCGCCCAUCCCGGUUCCGAUCCACCACCAACGGCACAACUUCCCUUGACAGAUCUGUACAAUACGUCGGGGAGCGCUUCUAGGUCCCUGUUGUCGGUGUUUGUGACGACAGCAGCGAUGCUAUUCUACGGUGCAUUGCAAUGA